GCCAUUCAAAAUUAACGCAACACUGCAACGCCAACGUAACGGUGGUGGAGGCAGAGGUGGGCAUGUAUCAUUAGCUAACGCCCACGCCACCAAUAUAACACCGACGGCGUUAGAGAAACAACCAACGAUUACAGCAAUACAGCUACCAACAACAAAGGAAACUGUUGCAACAACAACAACAAAAACAAAAACAACUGCAGUAUCAGCAUCAGCAUCAGUAGCAACUACAAUAGCCAGCAUUGAAGCCACAGCAAACACAUGCAUUGUCCGACAGCAACAACAACGAACAGUACAAUCAAUACAACAGCGAGAAUAUCAUACUCAACGGCAUUUGAGAUUAUUAGUAGCGCGCAGUAGCAGCAAAUUUGCUGCUGCUGCCGCUGCAGUCGCCGCCGCCAUUUUUGCUGCUGCCAGCGUAGCGUGCGCUGGCAUUUUGGCGGGCCGAACACGUGCAACGCCCGCCACGAACAAAGCCACCGCCGCCGCCGCCGCCGCCACAAAUGUCACAGACGCCAACACAAGCACAUCAGUUCGAUCUUCAGUCUCGCUCUCAGUCGCACUCACAACUAUAACCAAAGCCACAGCCACAGCCACAGCCACAAGCAAAGCCAAUGUAACCUCACAUGACAACGGUACCAGUGAAGGCUUUAGCGGUAGUGGUGCCACGAGUGCAGCUAGUUCGAUAAAUUCAAUAAAAGGCAGCAGCAGCGGCGGCGUCGCAUACACGACUACUACUCCUUCCUUGCCAAAGCAGUGCGCAAUUGUCAACGAUUUUUAUACAAUACAACGGACAAGCAUAUCGCGAAAAGCAUCAGCUUUUUCUACUUUGACUACUUCGUCUGCUUCCUCUUCUGCUCACACAUCCGCGUCAUGUGACAGCUAUAACGGUAGUAAUCGAACUCGUAGUAAAAAGAAGUGUCGUGGUCGCGUUCGUCGUCGCAGACGCGUUUGCUGGUAUUCAGCAUAUGCUCACAAAAAUAGUAGUGCUCGUAGUGAUCGUGGUAGUAGUAACGGUGUGAGUGAGAGUGGCUGCGAAUUGAGUUGCAUUGCAGGUGACGUAGAUGUUGACGUGGACGCCGAUUGGCGUACGAAGCGUUACGAGCACAAUAUCGGCGCAAGGUUGCGUUUUGUAGGCGAUGCCACGUCAAGCAGAACAAAGGGGUGGACCUGGCCUAAGAUGGGGAGCGUGCUAUUCACAGCUGUGUUCAUAGCGUUACAUUUUGCCACCGGCGGCCUGGCCAAUCCAGAUGCAAAACGUUUAUACGACGAUCUUUUAAGUAAUUACAAUCGCUUAAUACGGCCUGUAGGCAAUAAUUCCGAUCGUUUAACGGUCAAAAUGGGUCUACGAUUAUCGCAGUUGAUUGAUGUGAAUUUGAAAAAUCAAAUCAUGACGACCAACGUGUGGGUGGAGCAGGAAUGGAAUGACUACAAACUGAAAUGGAACCCAGAUGACUAUGGUGGUGUGGAUACCUUACACGUGCCAUCCGAACACAUUUGGCUGCCGGAUAUUGUGCUCUAUAAUAAUGCCGAUGGCAAUUACGAAGUGACAAUAAUGACAAAAGCAAUUUUACAUCACACCGGCAAAGUGGUGUGGAAACCGCCCGCCAUUUAUAAAUCAUUUUGCGAAAUCGAUGUCGAAUAUUUUCCAUUCGAUGAGCAGACGUGUUUCAUGAAAUUCGGCUCAUGGACAUAUGAUGGUUAUAUGGUGGAUCUACGCCAUUUAAAACAAACAGCCGAUUCGGAUAACAUCGAAGUGGGCAUCGAUCUACAAGACUACUACAUUUCAGUGGAGUGGGAUAUAAUGCGUGUGCCUGCGGUGCGUAAUGAGAAAUUCUAUAGUUGUUGUGAAGAGCCAUAUUUGGAUAUUGUAUUCAAUUUGACGCUGCGUCGCAAAACACUCUUCUACACUGUCAAUCUAAUUAUUCCAUGUGUGGGUAUCUCAUUCCUAUCGGUGUUGGUCUUCUAUUUGCCCAGCGAUUCCGGCGAGAAGAUCUCACUUUGUAUUAGCAUUUUGCUAUCGUUGACUGUGUUUUUUCUCCUGCUUGCUGAAAUUAUACCGCCAACAUCACUGACGGUGCCGCUGUUGGGUAAAUAUUUGCUCUUCACAAUGAUGUUGGUGACGCUAUCGGUUGUGGUUACAAUUGCAGUACUUAAUGUUAACUUUAGAUCACCUGUGACGCAUAAAAUGGCGCCAUGGGUGCAGCGUUUAUUUAUACAAAUUUUACCUAAACUCCUUUGCAUCGAACGACCGAAAAAGGAUGAUGCCAACGAGGACGACCAGCCGCCCGAGGUGCUAACCGAUGUGUUCCAUUUGCCACCGGAUGUUGAUAAGUUCGUGAAUUACGACUCGAAACGAUUUAGUGGCGACUAUGGUAUACCAGCACUUCCCGCCUCGCAUCGCUUCGAUUUGGCUGCAGCAGGUGGCAUAGCGCCCUGUUUUGGUGAUCCGCCCCUACCCUCAGCACUGCCACUGCCCGGCGCUGAUGAUGACCUCUUCAGUCCAUCGGGAAAUGGGGAUAUCAGUCCCGGCUGUUGUCAUGCCGAUCUGAGUCCCACCUUCGAUAAGCCAUAUAUGCGUGAAAUGGAGAAGACAAUCGAGGGAUCACGAUUUAUAGCGCAACAUGUGAGAAAUAAGGAUAAAUUUGAAAGUGUGGAAGAAGAUUGGAAAUAUGUUGCCAUGGUAUUGGAUCGUCUAUUCCUGUGGAUCUUCGCGAUCGCAUGUGUGGUCGGCACAGCGCUGAUUAUCCUGCAAGCGCCAAGUUUGUACGAUCAAUCACAACCGAUCGAUAUUUUAUAUUCAAAAAUCGCUAAGAAGAAAUUCGAACUGCUAAAAAUGGGCAGCGAGAAUAGCUUAUAGCGACCGCUUGGGUUCGCAGCGGGCUGGUGGAAUUUAAUCACCAGCUCGAUGCGAACCCUCUUCGCCGCACGCGAUGAUGAUCGCGGAUAAUACAACGAUACCAUUGCAAUGGUCGAACGUAUUUUACACAAUUUUAUUGGUGCUGGCGAAGAUAAAAACGAUGGCGACGAUAGUGACAAUGGCGCCGUUGAUGCCGACGAUGCCAACGAUAACGAUGCUAACGACGCAGCCGAUGACGCAGCUGAUGUGGACGAUGCCGAUGUAGUAGAAAUGGUUAACAUAAAAACUAAUAAAAAUAAUUUAGCUAACAAUGAUGAUAAGGAAAAAGUUAAAACAAAAAAAUUACCUAAUAAUAAAGAUUAUGAUGCGAACAAUGUCAUGAAACCAACUUUAACAACAACAACAACAACACUAACUAAUAAUAAUCAUAAAAAUAGUGCAAAAAUGCAAUUAAAAAUAGUUAUAAAAGAGAAAAUGCACGAAAACAUUUGGGUGUUCAAGAAUGAGCUUGAGGCACCACGACGCAUACUGGAUGCAGCUGAAGGCCUCAAGACGAUAGUAAGCGAAGAAAGAGUUGUGAAGAAUGGGACGAAAGUUGUUGAAGAGCAAUUGAUCAAAAUAAAAUUGUUGCCGUAAAGUAGUUGAGAAUUAGUGAAAAAUAAUGAAAAAUCGCAGAAAAAGCGCGCGCACACACACACACACUGCUCUGCCAAUGUAUAAGCAGUUAAAUGAGUACAUGUUUGUGUAUAUGUUUAUGUGAACUUGGAGAGAGCAUUGGUAAAUAAACGCAAAAUUCUACUGAG